UAGUCCCCGAGCAUCUGAGCAAGCAACAGCAAACUUUAGCUUGGAUGGCUGCCGAUUGUUUAUCAUAGGAAAAUUGUUAAUAUUUGGUAUUAAUAAUUUGCAAUGAUUUCACACUAAUUUUUCAGCAUUAUAAUUGCAUAUAGUAAUUACUAUUUUCAGAAGUGUGGAUCAUAAAAAUGGAUUUUAAAGGUGAAGAAGUCAAUUUACUUGACACUUUAUUGGAUCCAAUAGUCGAUGAUGAAUUAAUUGCUGAAUUGGAUAGUCAAGAAAAGAAAACUGCUUCAAAACAAGUUUCACCAAAGAAACCUUCUGCAGCAAAGUCAGCUGAUAAAACAGCAAAUAAAACUGUAAAAAAAGUUGUUAAAACUUCAAAAGUGAGUUCCAAACUAGCUAAGCCAGCUUCAUCUACUGGAACAGAGGGAAAAUCUGCUUCUGCUUCUAAAGCUAAAACUGAUGGUGAUGUUAAAAAAAUUGUUGUAAAGUCUGCUCAGAAGAAUGAAACUGCACCAGCUACUGCAUCUUCUAAGCCUCCAGUCAGGGUAGUGAAAAAAGUUGUGCCAAAAACUGCCAAGACUUCAACUUCUAAAACAAGUUCAGUUCCUGCUAAACUUAUUCAGAAAACUAUUGUAAUUAAAAAAGAGCCAUCCGCUGUGAAACUGGAAUGUCCACCAAAGAGGGCUAUUCCAACUGGCAUAGUUUCUGCACCAUCAAUGGUGCGGAAACCAUUGAAAGUUGUUUCUAAAAAGCCUAGCCCUGUGCAACAAACUUCUCAAACUGCUGUUAAGUGUGUUCUUAAAGGUACUGACCCUGAAAGUAAAGCAAUAGCUAAUAAAUCAUUGGCUGCUGCUCAAGCAAAUUCCCAUCGGGAGAAGCAUACAUCUAGCUCUGGAAGAAGAGACAAACCAGAAAACUCAGAUAAUAAAAACAAUGACAUAUCAGAUGAUGAGCAUUCAGAUGAAAAAGAUAUAAAAAAUGUUUUACCACCGGAUGAUAGUAAAAAUGCUCAUUAUAGUACUAUAAGUGAUGCUUCAAGCUCCAUUGCUGAUGAUGUAACUUGUUCAUGUGGACGUAGUAGUGUUAUGUCAUCAUCACCUAGCAUGUCACGCUCACCAUCACCUAGUGGAUCUGGAUCUAAUUCUGACUCUGAAUCAGAAGAUGAAAGGAAUGAACGAAGGCAACGGAAAAGGCCUCACUCACCAGUUGUAUAUGAAAGAAAAGAAAGUAAAGAGCGUUCUGAGAAAAAACCCAGGAUGCCUUCUACUGUUAGCAAAAGAGAUUAUGCCCACCUUUUGAAAUACUUUUUCCGUGAUGCUCGAUUCUUUUUAGUGAAAAGCAAUAAUCAUGAGAAUGUUGCUUUGUCUAAAGCAAAGGGUGUUUGGUCAACGCCUCCUCAAAAUGAAAGCAAGUUAAAUCAAGCUUUUAGAACUUGCAGAAAUGUCAUUCUUAUAUUUUCUGUUAAAGAAAGUGGUAAAUUUCAAGGAUUUGCACGUAUGGCUAGUGAAUCAAGGCAUGAUGUCCCUCCUAUUCAGUGGGUAUUGCCUCCUGGUCUAAGUGCUAGGGCUUUAGGUGGUGUUUUUCGUUUAGAUUAUAUUUGCAGACGUGAACUUUCUUUUACUAAAACUCAGCACCUGUAUAAUCCAUGGAAUGAAGGAAAGCAAGUCAAAAUUGGCAGAGAUGGGCAGGAAAUUGAACCAAAAGUUGGUGAAGAAUUGUGCCGUUUGUUUCCUGUGGAUGAAAAUAUUGAUCUAAUAUCUAUCUUGCGAAACAUGAAGAGAAGCAAACCAAAAAGUUCAAGAUCUUCAAGAGAAGAUCAUGAUCGCCAUAAUAGACGUCGAUCUUCUCAUCCUUCUUCCAGAAGAAGUCCUCCAGAUACCAUGAGAAGACGUCGCAGGAGACCAGAAAGCUUCGAAGUUCCAAGACCUAAGAGAAGUCGUCAGGAAUAUGAAGGAUUCUAUAAGUCAAUGCAGGGUAGAGACAGAUCUCCUGACCGAUUUAAUAUGCGAAAUCGCUCUAAUGUUGUGAAUGGGCAGAACUAUGGGGAUUAUCCCAGAGAUUAUCACCAAAGAAAUGCUAUGCCUGUAAUGCCUUUUGGACCACCAUGCAAUUUUCCUCAGCCACCUUUUGCCAUGGAGCCAUCAGCUUAUUAUGACAGAUCCAUGCAUCAUCAGGACUUUCCUGCACCCCCAAGACCAAGACCUUUGGAUAAAAGAGCUUAUGAAAGAUCUGUAGAUGACUUUUUACGACGAACAGCUCGUAUGCCAAAUCGUGUUGACAACAGACGUUAUAGAGACAGGAGAUGAAAUAACAAGGAGACCUCCAGAUUAUUUGUAUAUAUAGAUUUUGUACACUUAUACUAGUGUAAAAAAAUUCUAUAUCCUGUGCAUUUCAGAAUGGGGUACUUAUUUUAUUAUAAUGUAUAGUUAAAGAAUGUCAUUGAGAAACUAAUCAUAGAUGCUGCAAUGCAAAUUUUUCUGUUAUAUCAUUUGAAAGCAUACAGAUUUUCAUGUUUCCAUAAUAAAAUUUUAUAUGAA